AUGAACUUAGGAAUUGAAGACUUCUUCAACUAUGUCAAAAGUUGCCCUCUUCUAUAUGCUUUCUGCGACUUCCCAAACCCAUUCUACCCAAAGCAAGUAUGUGAGUUAUAUUAUUCAUGCUUUGUUGAUUCUAGUGCUCAAACCAUUAGUAGUACCAUUGGAGAUGGUGAAUCCAGGAAGUCGAUGUAUGUUCCUUAUCCAUGUUUUCUUGGACUGAUUUUGGCUUGUGAUGAAGACGGUUAUAACAUUAAACAUGAACACAUCAUUCCAAUCCCAGCCUUCUCCUCAAAAAUCAUCAUCGUUGCUCCUUCUGUUGACGCUAAUGAUGAAGAAGAAGUUGAUGAUGAAGAAGAUGAACUUGCCACUAAUAAGGGAGAAGCCUCUUUUCAGGGAUUGAAUUAUCUUCUAAGACUGAAGAAGCACAUUCGAUUCUCAUCUACUUCUUCAUCCACUCCCUCUGCAGAUGAUAUUGUACAACAUGGAUCAACCGCAUCUCAAGUGGAAAUUGUUGAUCCACUAAUCCAAGAUGUAAUUUCUCCAAGAUCAUUGUCUCCUUCUCUUCAAGCUACAACUUUUCCUCCUAUGCCAACACCUCUUCAGAUUGCUUCAUUUGAUUAG